AUGGCCGAACAAAGUAUGAAAUAUCUUAGGAAAACGUCGAAGGCUUACGAAGUAAAAAAAGUGUCUUCAAGUCCCAAAGAACAGCAGACACAAUCCAAGAAACAGCAGAGGAAAGGGGAUAACCCGAUGCGGAUUCCUCCUAGCCAAGAACAAUAUGUUGACUUGAAAACUACAAAUUCGUGGAUCUGUAAGAAUUCUGCCUGCCGGGCAACACUUUCGGCGGACGACACGUUCUGCAAGAGGUGCUCUUGCUGCAUUUGCCAUUUAUUUGAUGACAACAAGGACCCGAGCCUCUGGCUGGAGUGCACGUCUGAAUCUGGUACAGGGGACUCUUGUGGAUUAUCUUGUCAUAUUGAGUGUGCUCUGCAACGUGGUAAGGUUGGGGUAGUUGACCUGGGCCUCUUGAUGCAGUUGGAUGGAAGCUACUGUUGUGCUUCGUGUGGCAAAGUCUCAGGGAUACUUGGAUGCUGGAAGAAGCAGUUGAUUGUAGCUAAGGACGCCAGACGUGUUGACGUGCUGUGUUAUAGAAUAUUCUUGAGUUACAGGCUUCUGGAUGGGACUUCCAGGUUUCACGAGCUUCAUGAAUUUAUCAAAGAAGCAAAAGACAAGUUGGAAACCGAGGUGGGCCCUGUGGAUGGGGUUUCGGCCAAGAUGGCCCGAGGUAUUGUCAGUAGACUCUCUGCAGCAGUCGAUGCACAGAGGCUCUGCUCUCUCGCGGUUGAAAAAGCUGAUGAGUUGAUUGCCUUAAAGUCGACCACUGCAUCUAGUUUAACUGAAGGUUCACUUCCCGCGGCCUGCAAAUUUCUGUUUGAGGAAGUUACAUCAUCUUCAAUCGUCGUAUUAUUGAUCGAAUUAUCAAAUUCGUCGCAUGACAGCAUCAAGGGCUUCAAACUCUGGUACUGCAAAUCAAAGGACGAGAACUACCCAAAAGAACCCGCCUCAACUUUACCCUGGAACCAGAGGAGGAUUUGGAUAUCUAACCUGCAGCCCUGCACGGAGUAUUCCAUCCGCGUAGUCUCCUACACAGAAUCCGGCGACUAUGGGCACUCGGAGGUCAAGCUCUUCACAAAGAGUGUUGAGAUCAUUCACAGAGAUUACAGAAAUGACGUAAAUGCCCCUGGCCCUAGUGUUAAGCACUGCCCCAAUGCCCAGACGGACGUGGAAUCUGACCUGGGGUUCAAAGUCCGAGACCUUGGACGGAUACUUAGGCUUGCCCUAGCUCGGGAGCAGUGCUCCUGCAGGCCAAAUGUCCAAAAUACCCUUGGGCCCCACGAUGAUGCCAAAACAGAGGCUCCGGUAAAAAAUUCGUUCUCUGUGUCCCGCCAGCUGGACCUGAAUGUGGCCUCCGUACCCGACCUAAACGAGGAGUUCACGCCCCUCGUGGAAUCAGAGGCAGAUGACGAUGCCUUGUCACAUGAAAUCCAUAGGAAACACGAGGAGGUGCCAGCUGUCGACUCGGGAUUGCCCGGUUCUGGAAAGAGGAAGCACAGUUUGGCCAACAAUGGUGAGAUUCAUGACUCGGAUAGCACCCUGACUAACGACUCGGGCAGCCUGGACGAGAACUUUGAGGACUGCGUGAAGAUCAUACGGUGGAUGGAGUGCGAGGGGUAUAUCGAGAAGUAUUUUAGACUGAAACUGCUGACGUGGUUCAGCCUGAGAUCGACCGAGCAAGAGAGGAGGGUGAUCAACACAUUUAUACAGACGCUGAUUGACGACCCGAAGAGCUUGGCUGGCCAGCUGGUUGACUCAUUCUCGGAUAUCGUGUCCAGCAAGAGGCCGCGUAAUGGUUUUUGUAGCACUGUUUCGUAA